AGAAUACCUCCAAAAUCCAAAUGUACCCAAAUAAAUCAUUUAGUUUCCUUUGCUGCCUAAAACUUGUGGAGGCUAGUCAUAGUUAUGAUGAACAUUACUCAUUUUGAAUUUUGCUACUUAGUUUCAUGAUUUUAUCAAUCAUUCAAUUCCAAUCCAACUUCAUUAGUCAUUCUUUUUGUGCAUAGCAACACCAACUCUCUCUCUCUCUCUCUCUCAACUCUCUCUAUCUCUCUCUCCAAUGGUUUUGGUUGAUAGUCACGGCAGCAAAGAUGACGGAGUCAAGGUGGAUUUUCGCGGAAAACCGGUCGAUAAAUCAAAAACCGGCGGCUGGCUGGCCGCCGGGCUCAUCUUAGGAACGGAACUCUCCGAGAGGAUAUGCGUGAUGGGGAUAUCGAUGAACAUGGUGACGUAUUUGGUCGGAACAUUGCAUCUUCCGUCGGCAAAAUCGGCGAACAUCGUCACGAAUUUCAUGGGGACGCUCAAUCUACUGGGCCUCCUAGGCGGCUUCGUCGCCGACGCCAAACUCGGUCGUUACGUGACGGUCGCUAUUGCAGCAUCCGUCACAGCUUUGGGAGUGACACUGUUGACAUUGGCCACCACUAUUCCGAGCAUGAGGCCCCCUCCCUGUUUCGAUCCGAGAGGAGGGCCGUGCGUGGAGGCCAACGGGCGGCAGCUGGCCAUGCUCUACACGGCCCUCUACACGAUCGCGUUGGGGGGAGGGGGCAUCAAGUCGAAUGUCUCCGGCUUCGGAUCAGACCAGUUCGACUCGUCUGAUCCGAAGGAGGAGAAGGCGAUGAUAUACUUCUUCAACAGAUUCUAUUUCUGCAUUAGCCUUGGAUCCUUGUUUGCUGUCACGGUCUUGGUCUACAUUCAAGACAAUGUGGGGAGGGGGUGGGGCUAUGGGAUCUCCGCCGGCACGAUGAUCAUCGCGGUCGGGAUUUUGCUGGCCGGGACGGCGUUGUACCGUUUCAGACGGCCUCAGGGGAGCCCCCUGACCGUCAUAUGGCGCGUCGUCUCCUCUGCAUGGAAGAGGAGACGACUGCCGUAUCCGCCGCAGCCGGAUUUGUUGAAUGAGUACUACAAUGCCACAGUUCCUCAUUCUGAUAAACUUAGGUGUUUGGACAAGGCGUCGAUCGUCGAGGGCGACGAAGGGGAAGACGGGCCCAAAGGCGCCGCCGCUGCUACCGGAAAACUCGCAACCGUUACUCAAGUUGAAGAAGUGAAGAUGGUGAUAAUGCUUCUACCAAUUUGGUCUACCUGCAUACUGUUUUGGACAGUCUACUCCCAAAUGAACACAUUCACCAUUGAGCAAGCCACGUUCAUGGACCGGAAUCUCGGCGGCUUCGAGAUUCCGGCGGGGAGUUUCUCCUUCUUCCUCUUCAUCACGAUCCUCCUCUUCACGUCCCUCAACGAGAGGGUCCUCGUGCCCCUGGCCCGGCGCGUGACCCACACGAAACAAGGCCUAUCCUCCCUGCAGAGGGUUGGGAUAGGCCUUGUCUUCUCCAUAUUCGGCAUGGGGGCCUCGGCCCUCGUGGAGAUGAGGAGGAGGGACGCCUUCGUCAAGGACGGCCUAAGAAUCCGCGCCUUCUGGCUCGUGCCCCAGUUCUUCCUGGUGGGGGCCGGGGAGGCCUUCGCCUACGUGGGCCAGCUCGAAUUCUUUAUUCGAGAGGCCCCCGAGAGGAUGAAGUCCAUGAGCACGGGGCUGUUCCUCAGCACCCUGUCCAUGGGCUUCUUCGUUAGCAGCCUGCUCGUCACGUUGGUCGACAGCGUGACGAACAAGAAGUGGCUCAUGAGUGAUCUCAAUAGAGGGAAAUUGGAGAAUUUCUAUUGGAUGCUUGCAGUUUUGGGAGUCUUGAAUUUUGUGGUGUUUCUUGUGUUUGCAAUGAGGCAUAGAUACAAGGUGCAGAACUAUGUUGUACCUCAGCUUGAUGGGGAGGGAGAGCUCAAGCAGCAGAGUCACGAGAGUACAAGCAUUAAUGCAGGCAAGAUUGCAGCUGAGGUUGCAACAGAAGAGCCUUGAAUUGGAGGAGUUUGAUCUCUUGAGUAUUUAUUUUAUUUUUUUGUUACAUUUUUUUUUUUCUUUCUGAAGCUUAAGUUGGUAAAGAUAUAAGAAAAAAAAAAAUACAUUGUUACACUUUUGAUUUUGGUAUGUAUUUGUGCCUUGUAGUGGAAGAUGUAGCAUUUGGUUUGUGAUUAUAGAAAUAAUUGAUUUGUAUAAUCUUGAGCUCAUAUAUUUAAGUAGUACUGUUUUUUC